UUGGCAGAUACUGAAGAAAACCUUGAUCCACUCGCAGCCUAUGAUCCUCGCCAUUCAGAUGACAAAGACAUAAAUAUUAACACCACUCUGUGGCAGUUAAAGGAAUUAAGAGAUGUCUUUCCACAUACAGGGAUGUCCCACUUGUGGAAUAUACCCGACCAUGCCCCAGAAGCCAUAAAGGAAAUGGAGGUCCAGGAUAUUGAAGAUCCAAUGGUGACAAGGAUGAAAAAUCUUAUAUUUUGUGAGGAUAAUGCACCUCAGAUUACAAUUGAUCACGAAUUGGUUGAAUUUAUUGAGACGAGUACAAGAGGCCAGAGGACAUCAGAAAUGUGGCAGAAACUACAUAUUGGUCGUUUAACCAGUUCCAUAUUUGGUGAUGUAUUGAAGGCUGGACCCAAUCCAAAGUCUUUGAUCAAGCAAAUUGUAGAGGGGUCUAGUCUUCAGAAGUAUGCAUCUCUGCCACCAGCUGUUCAGUGGGGACAACAAAAUGAGGCAAAGGCACGCUCAGAGUAUGUCAAUCUGAAGACUGCCACAAACAACAAUUUUAAAGUUGAGGAUACAGGUCUCACUUUGUGCACAGAUAACUCAUUUUUGGGUGCCUCCAGUGACGGGAGAGUUUUUGAUGGUGACAGUAUAGGUGUACUAGAGAUUAAGUGUUCAUACUCCAUCAAGGGAACUCAAGUAACAACAAUGGAAGUGAGUGAGAUUGUUGCAAUGGGAUGUCCAAAUUUCUGUUUAGAAUAUACAUGUAGUAUGGAAGGACCACGUCUCAAAAAGAGCCACAAGUUUUAUGCUCAAGUUCAGGGAGAAAUGGCAAUUAUGCGAUUACCAUGGUGUGACUUUGUAGUAUGGACAGACGCUGCUCAGAACAAUAUUUGUAUUGACAGAAUAUAUUUUGAUUCAGAGUUUGUGUCCUCUAUGAUGCCUAGACUUAUUGAAUUUUAUAUGCAUCACAUUAUCCAGUUACAGAGCUCCAGAUAAUUUCUAUUAUUUAUCUACUUUUAAGAUUUUUAAUCUGUUCAAAUUCUGUUUUCCUGAGAUAUAGUCAUAAGAGCAAUGCCACUUUGAAUUUUAUUCUCCUACUGGAUAGAAGUAAUUCUUUUCCCAAUUCAGAAUUUGAUAAACUUCAUAAUGCAUAUUUCUGCAAAAAAUCCUCAUCCUUAAAUAUCUGAAGCUCUGAAGUUACAUUUACAAUGUAUCAUUUGAAGUUAUUGCUUUAUAAAAGAAA